AAAAAAUAUAUGUUAUGGGUUUCAAUCCCACAAUGUUAUUUUUUGAACGGGUAAAAAAACUGUUAAAAUUUUAAAAAAUUUUUUUUGUAAAAAUUUCAAUCAAAUCCGUGCGAGGGCAGAACACACAUGUUUAUCCUGCUAUGCUCUUUUUUAACAACAUUUUAAAUUUUAAUCAAAUCAUUUUAUAUUACAAGAAUUGAACAAAACUUUUAAAAGUAUAGUAUAGUUCUUCGAAAUCCAUGUCGAAGUUUCAUAACUAUUAUGAUUUUGAGGGUGAAUUUUAAAAAAUUCUCAUCGUGUAUAGCUUCUUAUUAAGGUGACGCGACGGAAAUAUUGUCUAUUGAUUAUUCUUGUAAAACCGUUCUAUCCCUUUCGUCGAGGCAUCGUCCCCCUUCGCACAAUUUAUUCCUCACAAAUUUCCAAUACAGUGGCAGAUUAAUAUGAGAGUGUUGUUCGGAAUACUAUUACAAUGUAAUAAGAACGUUGAUAAUUAGUACGUGAUUGUAGUAGUCGUAUAUUAAAAGAAGAUUAUCUACCUAAUAAAUCAACGUUCACGGUUUUACACCUCAAGAUCAAAGGAAUAUGUAACAUUUAACAUAUUAGAAAUUGUAUCUGUAGUAUCUUAAUUUAUAUACUAAAUGAUGUCAAUAGUUUCGCGUUUUUCUUUCUGCUAAAAAAAUAAUAUUUUUAUUUUAUAAAUGCUUUGUACGAGGUAAGAUUAAAGUACUGCUGCAAACUGCAAUAUAGUACGCAACGUCUAAAACGUCAAUCAAUUUAAUAUGUAGCUUCUGCUAUACAUUCGUAUACGUUUGGUACUACCGGUACUACCGAACUGACACCGAAUGUAAUAUACCAUAAUCAUAUUGUAUGCACUGUAAUCACAUUGUUCGUUUUGUCACUUCUUCGUGUCAUACAUUGAGAUCACAUAUUACAAAGGAAACUGACCUGAAGUAGGGGACGUUUCCACAACACUUGGGUACGACAUGAAUUCAGAAAUGGAAAUAUACUAUGCCACGAAUAAAUUAUUUUUGUCACGAAUCGGUGGGUGGCCGUAUCAGCGGAAACCAUUGAAAGUAUUGAUACCGUGUUUCUUUACAAUGGUACAUUUUUCUGUUAUCGUAACUCAGGCAUUGCUAUUAUACGAUACUUGGGGUGAUAUAGAUAUUGUCGUUGAAUGUAUAAUUACUCUUACUCUUCUUUUUGCUGCUAGCAUAAAGUUAAUUAAUAUCGUUGUAAAUAAUGACAAAUUGCGACGACUAUUGCAACAUAUGAACAAACAUUGGGAGCUUUUUAAUAGCGAACUCGAGCGUCAGAUCUUGAGAUAUUAUGGUAGUAUUGGCCAAAAAGUAACGAAUUAUUAUGCAGCAUAUUUUAGUGCAACUUUGUUAUCUUAUGUGCUAAUUCCAUUGGUUCCAAGGAUCUUAGACGUCAUAAUUCCAUUGAAUGAGUCAAGGCCAUUAGGAUAUGUGUAUCAGGCCGAGUACAGAGUGGACAAAGAGAAAUAUUAUUAUCCAAUCUUAUUUCAUACUUAUCUUGCGAGUACAAUUACGACCACAAUUCUAUUCACUGUCGACACUACAUAUAUAGUGUGUGUAUUACAUACCUGCAGCCUGUUUACAGCUGUUAGCCAACAACUGGAAAAUAUAACUAGAAAAACAGACAUUACAUCAAGCGACAAAAAAGUCCACAAGGAGAUGCAUUAUCAUAUAUUCAUGGAAAAACACAAUUCUAUCGGCAAUGACUAUAUUGCAUUGAUAAACUGCUUGAAAAAACAUCAACUUGCAUUAGAACACGCUCAGAUAUUAGAUUCCAUGUUCACUCAUGCGACAUUUAUUAUGCUAUCUAUAAAUGUGCUGAUUUUAAGUAUAAUAGGAAUACAACUUAUUAAUAACUUGGAGAAUAUUGAAGAAACAGUAAGAUAUGUUUUUAUAAGUUGCGCUUCGUUUAUUCAUCUCAUAACUAUGUGUAUUCCCGGACAAUUACUAAUAGAUAAAAGCACAGAAGUUUUCAUCAAGACGUACGGUUCAGCUUGGUAUACAUUUUCUGUAAGAACUAAAAAAUUAUUAGGAAUACUUCUUUAUAGAAGUUUCACUCCGUGUACCCUUACGGCUGGAAGAACGUUUAUUAUGUCUAUGACUAUGUGCAGUUCGGUAAUGCAAACUGCCAUGUCAUAUUUUACGGCCUUUUCGUCCAUGAAAUAAGGAUCGCAAACACAUAUAUUAUAAUAUAUCUUUAUAUAUGUAUAUCUUUAUGAAAUUAUGAUAUCUAGGAAAGCUGUUUGCAGCCAUUGUUUUAUAAAGCAUGGUUGUAAUCAUAAUAAAGUCAUAAUAUAUUUCAUAUUAGAAAUACGAACAUAUGUAUAC